GGGUGAGGAGUGGGGAAGCGGAACAGGAAGUACUCCCCCCCCCUCUCCUGUGUCAGUGGAUCAGUCCGGGCUCUGAGCUGUCAUGGCGCUGCCCUGUGUACGGCUGGUGCGGCUCCGUUCCGGGGCUCUGUGUAGGUUCCUAUGUAGAAGCAGUAGCCACAAAGCAGCUACAGCUCCAGAAGAAAUUGAAGUUCCACGGAAGAAGACCUGGGAUAAGACCGCCGUUUUGCAGGCUCUGGCCUACACAGUGAAUCAUGACCCAACAUCGAGCAGCUAUGUUUUUCAAGAUGAUCCUUACCUCUUGCCAAAAUCCUCUACUGAUUAUCUUAUAUAUUCCACGUCCAAGGAGUCGGGAAGAAAUGCUGCAAAAUAUAUCAUGAACAUGUAUCCCAAGAUGUUUGAGAGAGACAUAGCCGAUCCUCACAUUCCAUGCCUGAUGCCAGAGAAUAUCCAGCUACAGAUUGAAGGGAUCAGCGAGGAAGCCUUGACCGAGCGUAUUAAACUCAGAAGGAUGAAAGAGUCCGUGGACAUGUACGAUCAGCUUCUGCAGGCCGGAACUCCAACAUCUCUACAGACAACGAAUAGACUUCUGGAUCUUCUGUGCUUCUAUGGAGACAAAGAGCCCACAGAGGAGAGCCAGGCAAAUCCAGACCAGGAGAAUGAAAACGCACAGGAUCAGAAGAGCCCAGAGUCAAAGUAUGUGUCUCAAGUGACGAGUUGGAGGAAGAACAACAACGCAGAGAGAAUCUUUAACCUGAUGCCGGAAAAAGACGCGCAUUCUUUCCGAACUAUGAUUCGAGGAAUGGCGAAGCAUGGAGCGUUCACCAAGGCGUUUGACAUGUACACAGACCUUCUUAAUAACAGGCUAACCGGAGACGUACACACAUUCAAUGCUCUCAUCGCAGCAACUCCAGGAGUGAAAAGUGAAGGCAGGGAUAGGUGUGCUUUGAUUGUGGAUCUGAUCAAUCAGAUGGUUCAGCAGAAGGUUCAACCAAACCUGCUCACAUUCAACGCCAUCCUGAACAGCCUGCGGAGGACCGGCCUAAAAGGAAUGGCAAUGCAAACAGUCAAUGAGAUGAAAGCUUUGAAUAUAGAGCCGAGUCUCGCAACAUUCACCCACUUGUUGGCGAUAUUUUAUAAAGGAAGUGAUUCAUCAUCCCAGGCUGAAAUUCUUGAAGAGAUUCUUGACAAUAUCCAAGGAAAGAGCUUCACAGCCCAGGAUCCUGAUGAUGUGAAAUUCUUUUCAGAUGCAAUCAAAGUGUGUAUGGACACGAAGGAUCUGGAAUUGGCUUAUCAAGUGGAUGCUCUGAGAAACACUGGAGACAACUGGAAACUGCUUGGAAGCCGAGGCUCUCAGACCUUCUACUAUGGCAAGUUCUUUAACAUCAUCUGCCUGUUGGAGAACAUUGAUGUGGUCUUAAAGUGGUACAGAGAGAACAUUCCUUCUAGGUAUUCUCCAAAUUCCAAAGCCAUCAUGAAUCUCCUGCAGGUGAUAGAGAUGGAGAACCGCUUAGAUCUCAUACCUGGGAUCUGGAAAGAUUUGUUCACGGUCGGUCAUUUAAACAAAGAUUACUUGUUCCAGGAGUUUCUCCAAAUAAUGACGAGAGAAAAGCAGAAUCCACAGCUCCAGCAGGCGUUUGCAAAUAUCGCUGCAGCCAUUAAAUCUUUCCAUGAUUCUGCUGAGUACCCGUCAGCCCAGCUGAAGCUGUCUGCUGCCGUCCUGGGAAAUAUCACCAUCCUGCUGUGCAGAGCCGGGAGAAUGGAGGAAGUUUGGUCGUCACUGAAGUCCUUCAAGUCCCAAAAUUUGGUUCCUGGGGCACAUGUGAUUGAUGAGCUCAUGGACGGUGCUAAAGCCUCAGGCAGCACAGGUGCGGCCGUUGACCUUGUGCAGAUGGCCGUCAGCUAUAGCUUGCCGAACACAGCCAAGCUUGCCCAGAAGGUGCUGGAUGAGUUCACCCUCACUGAAGAGCAACGUAUAACCCUACAAGACCUGACAUCCAGCGACAGCAGCAGCAGCAGCAGUAGUAGUAGUAGUGGCAGCAGCAGUGACAUUGAAGAGGCAUGA